AUGUCGUUAGUAACAUCACAAGAUACCAAAAAAGAGCAUAUCACAACGUACGAUUUAGAAAAUUCAAUACAUGAAGAUGAUCAUAGCUCCUCCUCCAUUGAACAGGUUGAAAAAACAGAGAAUUUGAAUCGUGCUUUAAAUCAACGUUUAAUUAAUAUGAUAACAUUGGCAGGAGUUAUUGGUACUGGUUUGUUUUUAGGUACUGGAAAAUCAUUAGCUGAAGGAGGACCAGUAAGUUUAUUUUUAGGAUAUUUAAUAAUUGGUAUAUUAGUGUUCAACGUCAUGCUUUGCCUUGGAGAACAGAGUGUUUUUCUACCAGUUUCAGGUUCUUUCACUACUUAUUCCAAAAGGUUUGGAUCUGACUCAUUGGGAUUUGCUGUUUUAAUAAAUUAUUGGUUCAAUGAUUGUUGUUCAGUAGCUGCUGAUUUGACUGCUUUGCAAUUAGUUAUUCAAUAUUGGACCGAUUUCCAUUGGUAUGUUAUAUCAAUUAUAUUUUGGGUAUUUUUAUUAUUUUUAAAUGUGAUUCAUGUUAGAUUUUAUGGUGAAGCAGAAUAUUGGCUAGCUUUAUUGAAAGUCAUAGCAAUUGUUAUCUUCUUUAUUAUCAGUAUAAUAUGCAAUGCAGGUAAGAAUGACUUUCAUGAGUAUCUAGGAUUCAAAUUAUGGACAUAUAAAGAUGCUCCGUUCCCCAAUGGAUUUCCUGGCUUCAUAAACAUCUUCAUUACAGCAGCUUUCUCAUACGGUGGCUUAGAGUCCAUAUCGUUAGCUGGAGGCGAAACUAUUAACCCUCGGGUUACUAUUCGAAACUCCAUAAAAACCACUUUUUUUAGAAUUUUCAUUUUUUACAUUUUAACUACUUUGUUCAUACUGAUAAAUAUACCAUAUGAUUAUCCAAAUUUACUGACUAAGACCGUUGCUGUAUCCCCUUUUACAAUUGUAUUUCAACAAGUUGGAGCUAAAGGUGCUGGAUCAUUUAUGAAUGCUGUCAUAUUAACAUCAAUAAUUUCUGCAGGAAAUCAUGCAUUAUUUGCUGGUUCAAGAUUAGCUUUUAAUUUAAGUAGUCAAGGUUAUAUUCCCAAGAUCUUUUUACCAUUGAAUAGAUAUAAAGUACCAUAUGUUGCUGUAAUAGUAACUUGGUUCAUUGGAGGCUUGUGUUUUGCUUCCGCUUUCGUCGGAAGUGGAGAAUUAUGGGCGUGGUUGCAAUCGAUAGUUGAGUCCAAAAUAAAACUCAUGAAUUAA